AUGAACUCUCACAACAGACCUCCUCCGGCCAUGGUCGGGCGGUUGCACGUGACCCAGCCCGUGGAGUCUCCGGCGAAGCGGCCCAGCGCUGCUCGGCCAUCCGCGCCCGCGCCAACUGCCACGAUGAAGCGAAAGGACGCAUCCCAGCUUCCUGACCCAGCUGCAAAACGUCGUCCCAGACAGGAUCCGGUCUCAUGUGAGUCCUGUAGACGGAAGAAGCUCAAAUGCAACCGACAGCAGCCGUGUGAGAGCUGUGUCACUCGCAAACUCCCUUGCAGCUACGGUCCCGGGGUUUCCGUCUCUCAAUUGUCCAAGACUGCAACACACGACGACAAUCGAACAGACUAUGACUCCACUCGGUCCUACGGCACAGAUGGAGCUCGGAUAUCCGCUGGGGUGCCCCCUCCAUCCGCUCCGGUCUGCCAGCAACAUCCGCAGCAACGGUACAGUAGGGAAUCAGCGGCCACCGCGGACUUACUGGAGCACAUACACAUGAGUGCUCGAGUGCCCACUGCUGCACCAAGAUGGUUGAGGGAUGACUUUGAUGAAACCAUGAAAAGGGGACUCUUAUCCAUGGGCAGUCCGAAUUCUCCCUCGGGGGCACAGUUCUCAUUGCCCACACGCGAGUGGAAUGCUUCGCGUGAGAACCCGGCAACCAUCAAUCUGAUCCAGUUUGUGCCCACGAGACAGGAGGCGACCGCACUUUUUCGGUACUAUUCAAAAUAUGUCGAUUAUUUGUAUCACAUCAUUGUCUUGAAGCGGGCUGAAGCACAAAUCAACGGUGUGUAUGAGUGCAUCGAACGAGGCUCGCCGGUCAACCUCGACCAUCUAGCCCUGUUAUUCAGUAUCGCUGCGAGCGCAUUGUAUUUGCAGUUGUCUUCUGAAUCAUCGCCCUACUCGGAAAUAUGCUGUCAAGAGUUUACAUUUUUGACGGGUGCUGCUCUGAUUCAGAAUAAUCACGCUGCAUCUCCCACCCUGGAAGGCCUCCAGGCGGUCAUGCUUGUCGUGCAUUAUGUUUGCAACCUGAGUUCUCAUGAAUCAGUCAGCGCGUUAUUUAUACACGGUGCCAUCGUGAGCCAGGCAAAAAGUCUCAUGCUGCACUGUAUCGACUCUCCUCGAACCCGCGAAGCGAGGGAUCAAAGUAAGGUGGACCCUGUUGAAGUUGAGAUCAAACGGCGGCUUUGGUGGGAUAUUACAAGUAGUGAAUGGUUUCUAGGCUUCCUAAGUGGUCCCCAGGAAUGGACCUACCAAAUCUAUCCCCAACAUAUGAGUGUGAACCAACCACGCAAUGUCGACGACGAAGCUUUGGAAAGAAACCCGAGCCUUGCAUCAUCACCCAGAUCUGUACCUACUGACAUGUCUUUCACACUGGAGCGGCUCGAGCUCUCUUUCGCGUGUCGCGACAUUAUAGACUCAAUAGCCUAUGAGCAGCUCAACGGGCUCGAAAUCGACUACUCGAAGAUCCUGGAACUGGAUCGAAAAAUUCACCAAGCUUUGUCGGAAGUCCCAGAGUUUUUCCGACUUGAUCCCGGCUCACGGCGACGGUUUGCGAAUCUCUACAAAGAGCGGCCCACCUUGGCUUGGCAGAGGUGUGUUCUACAGCAGGCCUACUACUCACGCAUCUGCCGCUUGCACCGUCAGUUCUUCAUCCGCGGGGCGCGGGAUCCAACCUACUCAUAUUCCCAUGUGAUCUGUCUUCAGUCCGCUCGCAAAGUGCUCGAGAUCAAGAGGAUUAUGGACGAAGAGGAGCCCAAGUUCACGCCACCAAGCUCUGUUGUCUGGUCCGUGAUGCACCACAUAUUCAUGGCCGCCGUGAUCUUGUUACUCGAUGUCUGUUUCAAUUGGGACGAUAUCCUUGCCGAGAAACGCAAGGAGGAAGUCCUAGAUGCCUGUCGCGUUCUGAGUAAGGCGCAGCAAUCGUCGUGUCUCGUUAAGGAAGGCAUUCAGGCCAUGAUGAACACACUCCAGAAGCACUGGAAGAGUGACAAAUUAUCAGUCUCCAGCGGGUUGCAGCCGAAUCAGUCUUCAUCGCCAGUCGUAGGGCCCAUGGCUGAAGAUUCUGCACAGCCGGCGAUCGUUCCCUUAGAGCCAAAUGACAAGUCAGUGGCUGUUGCGCAGACGUGGGGCAGUGCACCUAAUCUAUCUACGAAUCAAUUUGUCGAUGGCGAUGAGCGACAGCUCGAAGAUAUAUGGUCGGAGUUCCUCGAGAACGGUUACAACUAUACAUUUGAGGAUGCGGACUGGACAGGACUAUUGACCGAGUUGACUAGCGCGACGAUACCCAUUGGAUGA